UAAGAGUUAAGAGUGUUAAGACGUAAAUACAUGAUUACUACAGAAUAAAAAUAGUAUAAUUAAUACAGGAUACAGAAUACGGAUAAUAUGAACUAAAAAGGACCUGUUAGAUUAAAAAUUUUGUCAAAUUUAAAAUACAGCAUUCCUUUAGAACACCAUGUCCGAAUAUAGUUCCAACUUUUGGAUGUUAGUGUUUGAAUUUUUUAAAAAAGACGUUCAAAAGCCCGAGGACAAUUUGAUGAUAUUAGUACAUUGGUUGUUGUUGAAAAACGGUUUUCAAAUACUUGAACUUGGUUGUGAGGUUACAAACGAUAAAAAUGUGCAACCAUCUGAUAUCUUACCUACAAAUUGGUCUCAAAAUGAGACAUAUAAGUUACAGUAUAUACGUGACAAGGAAUUGUUUUUGUUGACUGCUGUCAAGGCUGCUGAAAGUCUUGUGUUGAAUUUAUAUAAUGUAAAGACAAAAUCUGUGACAUGCAGUGCUAUUGGAAAUAUUAGUUCUACAGUGCAAUGGAUUACUAACUUGGUAAAAAAUAAAGAUCAAUUUGAUGAAACUAUUCAGUUGUUAGAAAACGAACUAAUUGUUCCUAUGAUAAAAGUAAAAGAGGAGAAGAUACAUAUCAGCACUCAGACCAAUAAUGAACCAAAGAAGUCUCCUCCCUUAACGCCAGUUGAACGACCUCUUGGAAGAUAUCCAGAACAAUCAGAACCAGGCAAUCCAAUAAAUACAUUUCCAUCAUAUGGCAUGUCAGAUUUGGAUCCUUUAGGUGGUUUACGUGGUUUUGGUGAAGGUAUGCUCUUUCACCCUAAUGCUAGGAUUGCAGGACCAUCAAAUUCAAGGAGACCUCCAAUGGCACGUUUUGAUCCGAUACGCCCUCUCAACCCAGAUCCAUUAAGAGCUGACAGAUUCAGUUCAAAUCCAGAUCACAUGAGACCACCACAUUUUGAUGAAUUUGAUAUGUAUAUGUAAAAUAAUUGUUUUAAAAAAUUAUUCACUUUAUAAAUAUUACUUUAAUUUUAAAAUAAUAAAUGGAAAUACCAAAAGA